UGUUAAAACAUGGCGGCUCCCUCAAAUAAUAACGUCUCUACAAGUUCUAGCAAAUCAGAUCUAGAUCUAGACGUUGAAUUAAAUCCUGUAAAAGAUGAAGAGUUGGAUUUUUUUUCCGCAAAUUUCAACCCUGAACGUGCAUUAUUUUCAGAUAAUAUUCAGGUUCCACAUCCUGAAAUUAAAUCGUUUACUGGCGUUUCCACUUAUCAAGAAGCAGUUGAACGCCGCCGACUGCUUAAAAAGAAAGUUGAAAGCGCAAGUCCAAAAACUCUGGAAUCGCAGACGGUUGAAGCAAAAAAAUUAAAUCCUUCAAAAACUGUUAAAUCUAAUUCAGCUGAGACACAUAGGAAAACAUUAACUUCAUUACCAACGCAUCCAACAGUAACAACUGUUACUGAGUCAGUUACUGACCUAGGGCUCCAAAAAAAUGUUACAAAAAAGGUAGAACAAACAUCCCUGUCCACGAACAGCGUAAAAAACUUGGAAGAACCAAGAAAGAGUAAAGAGCGAUUCAAGAGUCCUUCUAUUCCUUCUGCAAGCAGUUCUGAGAGUAAAGUAGACAGCCAGCGCAAUGUUUUUACAAGAAUGGAAAAUUUUACUGGUCCCUUAAGUAUGCUUACACGUUGUGUACAGGAACGUUUACAUGUUAGAGUAAAGACAAGAGGUGCAGUGUCAGUUAGGAGCAUUUGUAGGGGUUACAUUGUGGCUUUUGACAAGUAUUUCAACAUGGCCCUAAUUGAUGUUGAUGAGAUCUACAAAAGACCUGUAGCACUUGGUAAAAUUAGAGCAAGAAUAUCCCACAAGCUUUUGGCUGCUAAAGGUACCCUCGAGAAAGAAAGAGAUGAGUACGCUACAAAAUAUAAACUGGAACUGUCUGCUUCAAAUGUAGAUGUAGCAAAAGCCAGUGGAAGUUUGCAAGAGCUCAGGAUAAUACCGGACGUUAAAAUCACAGAUUUGCAUAAAAUCCUGUCUACUGUAUCCCAAAAGGAAAAUGAAGCCCAGAUGCAACCCUCAUCUCAGUUCACUCAGCCUGCUAAGGGAGGCGACUCAUUCACAAAACUCAAGGAAUGCCACUCCACCAUAAAAAAUACUCAAACCACCCUGAAACAAACAGGCUCUGGAGUAGCAGUUGUGGUUAAGGAUAUUGACAAAAAGCUACGGCGAAUACAAAGUAUCUAUGCUGAGUUGAAAGCCCCGCUCUCACCUUUUGAGAGGGAGGCAUUGAUGUUAGGUGUGCCGGAUGAGAAUGUUUUAAUCAGACAUUGCAAUCAGAUGUUCGUCAGGGGAGAUAAUGUGGUAUCCGUUUCGAUCAUUGACGAUUUUUAAUUCUUUGUUUCACUCACUCUGGGCAGCUUGUAUUUAAUUUGUUGAAUUGGUUUUGUUAAUGAUUUGUUAUAUUUGUUGAUCAGAUACUUUAUUUGAAAAGUAUUUUGUUAUUAUAUAAUUUAAUGAAUUAAUAAAAUGUUUCUGUGGAGGUACUGACUUUAAAAAUACAAAAUUUCUUUGUACUUGCAAUUUAACCUAAGUUGAAAUGGAUCUUUAAAAUUACAAUGUACCAAUACCUUGUUACAUUGUUGUUAUUAUUUCAGGGAAUUACAUUCUUACAUCAUCUUUUCAACCAAAUGUGUUGUUAAAUUAUCUUUUUAACUGAUACUCAUAUCGGGUAUCAAUGUUUGUCCCGCAUUGUUGAUAUAUUUUAAUCCAAGUGCAGAAGUCACAGUUGCAUAAUUUUAAUAUGUGGCUGAAUUUGUUGUACAUAGUUUUGUAACAAAACUGUACAUGUUUAAAAAAGUUAAUUGUUUUAAAAUAAAUUCAAUUUAAAAAAAAAUAUGUUAAUAAAAAGUGCAUUUAAAUAUA